AAAAGAAAAAAAUACGCGUGACAGGAACAAAUAACACGAUCCAAUACAGCCUACAAGAAGAAGCGCAUCACAAGCGAGCGGCACGAUGUCCGUUAAGCAAAACGACAACUCCCUCAUACAAUUCCUACACCGUUUUCUCUUUUUCUCUUUAUUAUUAUUAUUUUUCUAAAAAAACAUUAAUUAACUAAUUAUCUAGCUUAUUACAGAUAUUAAAAUACUCUUUCUCUCUCUUUCUCUCACGCGCACUAUCACAAGACUCUCUCCACGUCUUGUCUGGUCUGCUCUGGUCCUGCCUGGUGUAUGUAAAUUCACUUGUUCAAGCUCAAAGAAAGCAAAAAUCCUCUUUCUGUUAGUGCUCGAUCAAAAACAGGAGUUGAAGAAACAGAGGCAGAUAUAAGUGGAGGAGCGUUAGGGUUUAAUUGGUGCAAAAUGCCAUUGGCGAGAUAUGAGAUAAGAAAUGAGUACGGUUUGGCCGAUCCAGAGCUUUAUAAAGCUGCAGAUAAAGAUGAUCCAGAGGCUCUUUUGGAAGGUGUUGCCAUGGCUGGCCUUGUCGGUGUUUUGCGCCAGCUUGGAGACCUAGCUCAAUUUGCUGCUGAGGUAUUUCACGACUUGCAUGAAGAAGUAAUGGCAACUGCAGCAAGAGGCCAUGGCCUAAUAGCUCGUGUUCAGCAGCUUGAGGCUGAAGUACCAUCAAUUGAGAAAGCAUUCCUCUCCCAAACUGAUCAGUCACCAUUUUUUACUAAUGCAGGUGUUGAUUGGCAUCCUAAUUUGCGCAUGGAAGAGAAUCUGAUAACUCGUGGAGACUUACCUCGUUUUGUAAUGGAUUCUUAUGAAGAAUGCCGUGGCCCCCCACGGUUAUUCCUUCUGGACAAGUUUGAUGUGGCUGGUGCUGGAGCUUGUUUGAAGCGUUACACUGAUCCAUCAUUAUUUAAAGUUGAAGCAGCAUCCUCUGGCAUAGAAGUUCAGAGAGAGAAGAAAACCCGGAAAGUGAAGAAGAAAGGAUCACGCUGGAGGAUGGGAGACACCCCAGAAGUUGUGCCAACAUCGCAUGCCAAACUGCAUCAGCUAUUUUUGGAGGAGCGUGUUGAGAAUGGCCAUUCAGACCCUGCACGUAUUGUGAAAUUGAAGCGAAGGCAACUAAAUGGAUCUCCAUUUGAUCUGAAACCUGGAAAAAGUUAUAUGGAAAAAUUCUUGGGGACUCCCUCACCAGAACAUAAAGUAGUUUGUGAGGUUUCUGUUAAUCAAUCACCAUUGAGAUUAACAUUAGAUAAUUCUAGUGAAUCAGGGCUUGAAAUACUUGAGAUUGGUACUGUAAGUCCUCCAAGAAAUUCAUCACAAGGAAGGCAAAGCACAGGUUCUUCUCCUAUUGCACAGGAUGUCGUACUUAAAUCUUAUACGCUUGAGUUGGAUGAGGAGGCUAUCACUAGAGAAACAAUGAAGGUCCCAGACCCAAUAUCUGGUGGUGAGGAUGAUGCAUCUCCUUAUAUCAUUCAUAAGGUGGCAAUUGAAGAUGAAUUGGCCAUUGAUGGGGACAGAAAAUCAGAGGAGAGUCUAGAUGGGGACCAUUCUGAUGAGUUGAUGAGCGAGGUGGACAAUUACAUGGAUGCUCUUACUACCGUGGAGUCAGAAAUGGAAACAGAUAAUGAGUACAAAUCCAAGGAUUAUCAGGGUCUUUUGAAGGUUGGGAAACAUGGGACAGAUUCUGACGCCAAUGAGGAACAUCUGGAUAUACGUGCUAAUUUUUCUGAUUCUCAGUCAUUUGGAAACUCCUCUACUUCUGAUGACGGGAAAGGUUCAUUUAAGAAAGGGAGACCGAGUUUUUCCUACUCAGAUUCUCACAGCAAUGUGGCGGAGAAUAUACAGUCUGACAUUGAAGGGGCAGUUGAAGUGUUCCCUUCUUCUGAAAACUAUGCAGCAGAGAUCGCGGAUUCACCAUUGGACCAACCAUCUCUAUGUGCGGAGAAUAUAGGAAUCCAAUCUAGUGAGCUUAUCGUUUAUAAUAAUAAUACAUACAAUGAGGAAGAGACAAUUCCUAAUACUGGAGAAGCAUCUUGUAAUUCUUGUCUUUCAGAUUCAAAUUCCUUGCCUCCACCUUCAGCUCCUGUUGCAAAUUCAAUUGUAGUUUCUUCAGCAAAAACUGUAUUAGAUGAACCAGACUAUGAGUGUGUUAAACUUGGUCUCGAAUCACUAAAUACUAACCAAAAAGCCACAUAUUUGUCCGAUUCUUCCAUAAUUUUAUCUGAUCCUUCCCAGGAAAUUCGUAAUAGGUCACCUGCAGAUUCCUCCGAAGGUUGUCCUAUGGAAGGGAUGGAUCAUGAAGACUCAAAUGUGUUUUUAUGUGCAUCAAACAUAUCAGAUCUGGAAAAGGAAGGUCAUGAUGGUUGUGCAAAUGAUGUGCUUCAAACAGAUUAUCCAGAUGGAAGUUAUAAUAAAAUUUUAGUUGAAGAGAAAAUUGAUUCCCCACAUUCAGUUAUUUCACCAUCAAAUCAGCAGUUCCCUUCCUCAGUUUUCCCAGAAGUUGAUGUGGAUACAGGUGUCACAGAACUGUCUGAAAGUUUAGAUGUUAUAAAGCCUGUUGAAAUGAAUUCUGAGAUUGAUGAUGUCACUGCAGCAACAGGAGGUAACUCAGAAAUUGUAACAGGUGUGGUGGAGCCUCCGGAGGUAGAUAGCAUUAAGGAGCAGAAAUGCUCAGACAUAGCAGUCGAUGGUUCAGAAGGUGAAAAUGAUUUGACAGACAUUGAUAGCAAAGUGGAUGUAGUGGGUGGAGACUCUGUCCCAUUAGAGGAUCAAAACAAUUAUUCAGAUAAACUAGGCUCUGAUGAUUUUGUAAACUUGGAUAAAGAUGUGGUUGUAUCUCCUGUUGCUGUUGCUACUGCUGCUAAGGAUGAUAUCAGUGAUGAUAAUUGUCUGGCUCCAGAUUUGAUUUGCUCUUCAUCAAGUAAUCUUGUAGAUAUUGAUGAAUCUCUUUCUGGAAAUCAGGAUCCUCAUCUAAAAGUAUUGGACUUCAAUGAGGUAGUUUUACGAGAAUGUUGUACGGAAUCAGAGAAACAAAAAGAAGUGAAAAAACUGGAUGUUGCUUCUACAGAUGUGAACUCCAGUCCAUACAAUUCGGUCUCUGACUGCCAAUCCAAUCUAGAUGAGCUUGAAAAUGUCCAUGCAUCAGUUUUCUCUGAUCAUUUUCAUAACAGAAACAGCUCUUACAUUGCUGAUGUCACCACCAUUCCAUCUUCAGAACUUAACAAUCAGGAGUUGAAAUCAAAAGAUGCCCACUUGAGACAUUCUACAGAUUCUAGUGAAAAUGCUGUGAGUUUGCCUACCUGUUACCUCCCCGAGGCAGGAACUGUUUCAGCACAACACUUGGUGGCAUUGCAAGCUGAUCAAAUUCCUGCAUUAUCUGCCUCUAAAGUCAUGGAUGAAGCAAAUUCUGAGCCAUUUGUUCUUCAGCAUUCAACUCCUAGUCACCUUGAAGAGACUGGAAUUCCAUCAGAGCAGUCACUGGAUGUCCAAUCUGAUCAACCUGAUGCAGGAUGUUUGCAAGUUCAUAAAGCAAGUCCUAAAUCAUCAAUUAUGCUGUCUGAACAGAUAGAAACUGUGAGUGACAUGGAUCAGGAAAGAUACUUUGGUGCGUCUUCCGAUCAAGAAGCUCUUCCUAGCCAAGGACUUUUAAUGCAGUCCGCAGGCCAGGAAGAUAAUGGUACUGUGCUGUCGAAGAAUCCGUUUGAAUCUGCCUUUCCCAGUUUUGGCCCACUCCCUGUAAAUUUGGAGCAGUUGCCACCACUGCCACCCCUACCUCCUAUGCAAUGGAGGCUAGGGAAGUUUCAACCUGCUCCACUAGUGUCACAGGGAGAAUGGACUGAUCAUUAUCCGGAUACGCUCUUGCCAACACGGCCAUUUACAGCUGAUGAGAAUUCUAAAGCUGAUUCUGUAUUACUAGGCAGAGAGGGUAUGCAGUCUUCAAACCCAUUUUUUUCUUUUACUUCUGCUGAUAUUCAGAAGUUGGAACACUCGCCUACCAAUUCAGUUGAAAGUUCUGUGCAGCCAACUUCAUUCUCAUUGGAUAUGCCGACUGUUGCUACAGAUGCAAACAGCCAACAGGGUAAUCUCCAAUUGGAGGGAACACGAUCCUUGAACUCAUAUUUAGGUUUACCCGAAAUAAGUGGUAAGGUGCCUGACGAUGGCUUUCUUGCAUCGAGAAGAAAUCCAGUAGAACCUAGUCCAGACCCGUUAUCAUCAGCGGUAACUGUAGAACAUGCACAAACUGAAAAUGAUCCUGAGCCCUCACAUGGUCUGCAAAUCAGGUACUCAAACCAGGUGACACCUGAAUCAGUUUCAGAGCUAAAGGUACCUGUGAACAAUUUGCAAAGUUCUGAAGGAGAAGAAAGGAAAUUUUCUGACAAGUCUGCAUCACCACAAACUGUGUUAGAAGACCAAUAUCAGCAGGAUUUACUAUCAUUGCAUGUUGAAACAACAUGGUCAGCAAGUUCAUUAGCUCUGCCACCAACAUAUGAAGUUGGAAAGCCAAAUGGGAGCAAGCUUCCUCGUCCCCGGAAUCCUCUUAUUGAUGCUGUUGCUGCACAUGACAAAAGCAAGUUGAGGAAGGUAACAGAACGAGUUCAUCCUCAGGUUGGGCCAAAGAUAGACGAAAGAGAUUCGCUACUAGAACAGAUACGAACCAAGUCCUUUAAUUUGAAGCCUACGGCAGUGACAAGGCAUAGUAUUCAGGGAAUUCAGGGUCCAAAAACUAACUUGAAGGUUGCUGCCAUCUUGGAGAAAGCAAAUGCAAUUCGCCAGGCAUUGACAGGAAGUGAUGAAGAUGAUGAUUCAGACAGCUGGAGUGAUUCUUGAGAAAACUUACAUGCAGCAUUUCUCUGUGUGGUUAAAGCUUUGAUAUGCUGUAGAUACACAUUAGUUCUCCUUAGAUAAUUGCAGCAUCUGCAAUUUGGGAUUCUUUUCCUCCCCACACUAUAUUCAUGUAUAGUCUCUCCUUUCUCCUCCUGUCUACGCACAUCACUCACAUUUGCUGAAGUACCGAUCCAUGGUUUCAAAUAUUGCCUUUGCUCUAUCAUCGGGAAUACAAUACGUGGUGAAAUGCGAAUUUACAAGAAUGGCUAAGCGUGCAAGCGCUUCUCUAAUCAAAUUGUAUGUAUUGUUUGUAUCAGUAUCUUGGAAGGUGUAAAUUGUGUUGGAGGGGCAUAAAUUUUGAGGUGUGGUCGAACUUCUUAUGAAAUUUUGUUAUUAUUGUAUGUAGUAUAUUUUGCGGUACUCACCUCUGCCCAUUUAGAAUGUUGCUUUUGGCUUAUGAAUGAUUGUAUAAUGGCUUGCAUGAUUCAUUACUGUAAUUAUGGAUGCAUUGGCGCCAUUGAUUUGUAUACUUCCAGAUUGAAUUUUAGAGCGCUAGAAAUUUCAGAGUUAAAAAAUCUGUGGCAGUUUACUGUUUUCAUUGGAA